CUGACUGUUCGAUCCUUAAACUCUGUGCUUUCUUCUGACUAGCUCCUGUUUGGUAUUUCUCCUCACUCGGGUGUGUCUUAGUGACGUCUGAGGGCAGGAAUUCCCUUUCACAAACAAAUUAGUGUAGAAGAAUUACUGGUGACUCAGUUAGUGUUUGAGGAACUCUCUUCGAGUCAACACUGCUGAAUUCACUCAGAUAAGAACCCACGACUCCAAAACUUUCCAAAAGCAUCCUUUGCCAGCAAAGAUGACUGAACUGAAGAGGGAAAUCUUUAAUCUCGAGGAGGUGAAAACCAUCAGCAUAUACACAGGUAAUGCAAUGAGAUGGUAUGGAUCAAUGAAGAAAUGUCCAACAUCAACAGCUCAAGAGGUUCUGGAUUGUCUUAAAGCUGCUUUGUUUGAGUGGGGCUCAAAGUUCAAUUCUGAUCAAACAGAAGGCAAGUUCUACCAGGGGUUACCCAAGCACCUCGUCUGUAAUCUUAUUCAGCCCACAGAGAGGAUUGACCCUAAUGAAAGAGAGGAUAUCCGAAUAUCAGCCAAACUGUUCAUCUGUAAAUCUGACUCAGCGUUUGUUAAAGAGGCUGUGACGAGAGCCUGUUUGGAGCAAGGAAUCAGCCAGCUGGAUUCUGUAACCCUCGCAGUUACUCCCCUAUCAGAAGGGCACCAACCAACUCUGGAGGACCUGAAGCCUUAUUGGAAAGAACUGGAGGACUUGGUCCAAGAGCAGAAGAUCACGUCCAUCGGAGUUUCAGACUUGGACCAGGAAGUGUUGGAAGUUUUGUGCCAGCACGCUCAGGUACGACCCAGCAUUUUACAGGUGAACCUGGCCUCUUGCUGUGUAAUUCCGCCCGACCUUGCUGCCUUCGCCAAUGAGAACAACAUCCAACUGCUGACCCAUAAUGACCCUGCAGAUUCAGAGAGUUGUGGUAAAGUGCAGACGAUAAUUCAGCUAAACAUCAGCGCUUGGAGAUUUGUAAGUGAAAUACAAAGAGAAAUGGAUAUCUAUCUUUAGCUACAUAACAGCCCAACAUGAAGGGCACUGGAUGGUUGCAGCAAACAUUUG